UUAUUAUUCUUAGUUUAUAUAUAACUUAUUAUUAUUGUUAUACAAUUAAAAUGAACCCAUAUGGAAAUUUUAUGUAUCCUUCAUUAUCAACCUCAUCAUCGUCUGUCUCAUCAUCAUCAUCAUCAGAAUCAGAAUCAGAAUCAUCUCCAAAACUGUUAGUAUCUUCAUCGAAAUCACUACCUAUAUCUCAAUCUUUAAUUGAUAAAUAUCUUACAUUUAAUAAUAAAUUCAAUAAAGAUCAAUUUAAUCAAUAUUCUGAUGAUCGUUCUAAUAAUAAUUAUUAUUAUUAUUAUAAUCAUCAUCAUCCACGAAUGUCGAAACGUGCUGAUUUGAAAGAUUUAUCAAUUCAUAGUGAUAUGGCAUUUAUACGUAAAUUAUUCGAUCAAAAAAAUCAUGAAUUAUUAAGACUUGGAUAA